AUCAGUAUGUCACAAAGUGGACAAGUUUAGAUAUAAAUCUCCGAAACAGUUUUUUUGUGACUAUUGGUCAUAAAGGCAGUGUCGAGUAAGACUCUAAACAUUGCAGUCGACUUUGUGGGCAAGAAGGCUGUUAUUAAAGCAUGUCUUUUAAGGAUUUAAUAAUAAAACGUGUCGAGGGUGAGCAAGCGACUGCAUUAUUAAAAUAUUAUCCACUUGACAAACGUGGUUUUAUUAAAGUCGGUCAGAAAAAAUGGUUCCUACCGUAUAGAUAUCUUGAAGAUGGCGAUAAGAUAUAUAAUUUCGAAGUUCGUGCAGAUGAUACAUGGAUUAUUGCCUAUGCUAGAUCAGGUACAACGAUGACACAGGAACUGAUAUGGCUAGUGGCGAAUGAUAUGAAUUUUAAUGAAGCACAUCAGAGACAUUUAUCGGAGAGAUUUCCUUUGAUAGAAAUAGGAGCAAUAUUUGAUGACCAUGGGUUACUAAAAUUAAUGAGUGACACAACAAAAGAUAGCGUCAAAUUUGUGCAAGAUCAACCUUCGCCGCGUUUCAUUAAAAGUCACUUACCUCUCGAGUUGUUACCGACAGUUGUAAAUAGCACUUGCAAGAUUAUCUAUGUUGCGAGAAAUCCAAAGGAUGUAGCAGUCUCGUAUUACAUUUUCCAUAAACAUAUUUUGGAUUUUCAAGGAACUUUCGAGCAAUUUUGUAAUAAUUUUCUAAAUGACCAUAUAUUACGGACCCCAUAUUGGGAACAUGUGAAGGAAGCUUGGAGGAUGAGACACAGAGCAAAUAUGAUGUUUGUCUUUUACGAAGAUCUAAUAAAGGAUUUACCGAGGAACAUAAAAGAAAUUGCUGCAUUCUUUGGUAAAACUUACAGUGAUGAACAAAUCAAUAAGUUAGUGGAGCAUUUGAAAAUAGAAAAUUUCCGCAAGAAUCCUAUGGUGAAUUAUCAAAAUCCGGACCAAACGAUGAAACCGAAUAUGUAUAUUCGGCAAGGAAAGACGGGUAGUUGGAAAGAAGUAUUUACACCAGAAAUCGAGGACAGAUUUGAUAAAUGGAUUACCGCCAAUUUAAAGGACACGGAUUUAACUUUUCCAAAUUCAGUUUGUUAAAUACUAUAAGCAGUUGUAGUUGCGUAAUUGCAAUUUAUAAAUGUUUUGUUUUAACCAUAUUUUAAAGAAGUAGGACUAUUUACUGUUAAAAAGGGAGAUUUAACAAAUAGAUCGUUAACCAUUUAAAAGAUACGGAUUCAGCUUUCCAAAGUUAAAUUUGUUGAACAAUAUGAGCAGUUGUAAUUGUAAUUUAUAAAUGUUUUGUUUAAUUAUAUUUUAAAUAAGCAGGCCUACUUAUAAUAAAUAAACUCUUGCACAAACAACUUAUUAUUACCGUUUUUAUUCUCUAAUGGCUAUCUUCUAGAUGGCUUAAAUCAUGCAGGAAAAUGUUUUUACAUGUUUUUUUUAAUCAUUUUUUAUCCUUUUAUUUUUAUUAUCAUAUUGGCAUGUUUGUUAUUUCACAGUAACUCUCGCAUAAUAUGUUUACGUACAAAUAAAUAAAUUUUUGACUCGCCUAAUGUGUUUAAUUAAAAAAAUUAAUUUUCCGUUAAAUUAAAUGAGUCCGCAGACUAAACAGAUUUCUGCUGGCUAUCGGAUCGAGAGUUUCAUUCACGAUAUUAUUAUGAUCGCAAAAUUAUCGAAUUGUUUAAUAGCGAUCGUAGAAAUUAGUUUUGGAUCAUAGAUAACAAAGAUUGGUUUCUGAAACAUCAUAGAGGCCAAAAUAUUUACGUUUGGGAAGAGAUUACAUAAUUUUAGUAGAAGAUUGGGAUGGUUUAUACGGCGAAAAAUAAAAGGUGCCAUGUUGCCCAACGAUGGAAUAAGUUUCACAUGCGGAAUCUUCAGCUAUUCGAAAUAAAUUAAUUUGCCAAAUAUAAACUAAUAUAAACACUUGCAAAUACUUGCUGUCAAAAUAGUUAAAAGUAAAGUAGACGUCUCCAUCGUGACAGAAAUCUCCAGAUUAGUGAUUAUGCUACCCAUACAGCACAAAGCUCCGAUUAAGCUCCCAGGGAGUUCAUUUUGCUGAG